AUGGCACAUUGGACUGUGGUGGGUGGUGAGCAGACUGGAGGCCUCGUAGUGAGACAAGGCGUGGAGCUUUCAUCUGCCAAGCUAAAGGAGCGACUCGAAACAGGGGCGCGAGUUGCCCAAGUGGAGCUUCAAGGGGAGCGUUUGCGCUUCCGACGGCUGGAGGGCCACGGCCCGGAGACGGGUUGGGUUUCGUUGAAGCUGAAGGAAAAGCCCUUGCUUUUGCCCGCUGCCAGCUUGCCUCAGGCCGUGACCUCCGUGUCAGAGCUUUUUGGCGGCCGCCUUGAAGUGGAGUGCUUGGAGUUACCGAAGCACCUGCGCGUGCGGGUGGCCACGAUCAGCGACAUCCACGUGGAUCAGAAGGCCAACAUGGAAUGGUUUCAGAAGCAUUUGCCCAGAAAGGCACCGGAUGAUUUCAAUGUCCUUCUUCUCCCAGGAGAUGUCUCAGACGAUCCCGUCAUUUUCAAGGAAGCCAUGAAGAUGUUGAUCGAGUCUUUCGAUGUGGUGUGUUACACUCCAGGAAACCACGAUCUUUGGUUGAGGAAGAGCGGUGAUUGCUCCGAUAGCUUGGCCAAGCUUCGCCAGCUCCGGCGUCUCUGCGAGGGAGAGGAGUCGGAGCUGCGGGGACGCGUGCGCUUCAGCCCGCUGGAGCUCAAGACCGAGCAACGCAGCCUUUUGCUUUUACCCCUGCUGUCGUUUUACACUUCGGACUGGGACCAAGAGCCAGACCUUCCAUGGUGUCCACAGCAACAGAAGCAGAUGCUUGCCUGGAUGGAUUUUCGGACCAUGAAGUGGCCGGAACUCGGCUCCAGCGGGGAUUCUCGAAAGAUUUGCUUUGGCCCGGAGGGCACCAAGGGUCUAUCUGAACUCUUCGCAGAGAUGAACGAGCCGGUCCUGGAACAAGUGGCACAGAUUCAGCCAUCGACCGUCCUGUCUUUCUCCCACUAUUUGCCCCGGCAGGAGCUUUUUCCCGAGAAGCGCUUCUUGCUGGACUCGAGCUUGCACAAAGUCUCCGGCUCACUGAAGUUGGAAGGACAGAUCCGACGGGUGAAGCCUGAUGUGCAUGUCUUCGGGCACACUCAUUUGACGGUGGAUAUGGUCCUGGAUGGGCAACGUUAUGUCCAGUGGGCCUUGGGCACGCCACGUGAGCAGGCGGCCAUGUCCCGGGCGGUGGCUGACUCUGGAAUGCUGAUUUUGUACGACUCGAUGGCGGAGCCUUGUGUUGCCCCGGUGCAGGAGACCUUUUGGGGGCAAUACUUCAGUGCUGGCAAGAGGGAUCCAAGUCAGAUCUGUCCUGCCCCCUUUGUCCGGAAGUAUUUCGGGCAGAUGUUCAAGGAGUUGGAGCUUCCCUACGACGACGACUUCUUUCAGACGACCCCCAACCCCGGGCCUCCGAUCGAGACCUAUGAAGGGCUUUUCGAGCCCCGUUGGCGCUUCUGA